CCAGGCCAGACCACCGGCCUCCAGCUGGGGCCGGAGCCAGGGGUUCAGAGGUGCGGCCCCCCACGCCCCUUCGGGGUGCGGGGCGCGGCCUCGGCGUCCCGGGGACCCAGGAAUGUCCCCCCGCCAGCCGGCCCGGCGGCCGGGGGGAGGGCCCAGCCGGGAGUUUGGCAAACUCCUCCCCGCGUUGAGUCAUUCGCCUCUGGGAGGUUUAGGAAGCGGCUCCGGGUCGGUGGCCCCAGGACAGGGAAGAGCGGGCGCUAUGGGGAGCCAGACGCCACGGUCGCCACAGACUCCUCUCCACGCGGUGCCGCUGCGCUGGGGGCCCCGGCGCCUACCUCCGCUGCUGCCGCUGCUGCUGCUACUGUGGCCGCCACCACUCCAGGUUGGGGGCUUCAACCUAGACGCGGAGGCCCCGGCGGUGCUCUCCGGGCCCCCUGGCUCCCUCUUCGGCUUCUCCGUGGAGUUUUACCGGCCGGGAAGGGACGGGGUCAGUGUGCUGGUGGGAGCACCCAAGGCCAACACUAGCCAGCCAGGUGUACUGCAGGGUGGUGCUGUCUACGUGUGUCCCUGGGACACCAGCCCUGCCCAGUGCACCCCCAUUCAGUUUGACAGCAAAGGUUCCCGGAUCCUCGAGUCCUCACUGUCCAGUGCCAAGGGAGAGGAGCCUGUGGAGUACAAGUCCUUGCAGUGGUUCGGAGCAACGGUUCGAGCCCAUGGCUCCUCCAUCUUGGCAUGUGCACCACUGUACAGCUGGCGCACAGAGAAGGAGCCACAGAACGACCCCGUGGGCACCUGCUACCUCUCCACGGACAACUUCACCCGGAUUCUGGAGUAUGCACCUUGCCGCUCAGAUUUCGGCAGUGCAGCAGGGCAGGGUUACUGCCAAGGGGGAUUCAGUGCUGAGUUCACCAAGACUGGCCAUGUGGUCCUGGGUGGACCUGGGAGCUACUUCUGGCAAGGCCAGAUCCUGUCUGCCACUCAGGAGCAGAUCUCGGAGUCCUAUUACCCAGAAUACCUCAUCAACCCGGUACAGGGGCAGCUGCAGACCCGCCAGGCGAGCUCCAUAUAUGAUGACAGCUACUUAGGAUACUCCGUGGCUGUGGGUGAAUUCAGUGGUGAUGACACAGAAGACUUUGUUGCUGGUGUGCCCAAAGGGAACCUCACCUAUGGCUAUGUCACCAUCCUUAAUGGCUCAGACAUCCACUCCCUCUACAACGUCUCAGGAGAACAGAUGGCCUCCUACUUUGGCUAUGCUGUGGCUGCCACUGAUACAAAUGGAGACGGGCUAGAUGACCUGCUGGUAGGGGCACCCUUGCUCAUGGAGCGGACAGCUGAUGGGAGACCUCAGGAGGUGGGCAGGGUUUACAUCUACCUGCAACACCCAGCUGGCAUAGAGCCCACACCCACCCUCACCCUCACUGGCCAAGAUGAGUUUGGCCGAUUUGGAAGCUCCUUGACACCCCUUGGGGACCUGGACCAAGAUGGCUACAAUGAUGUUGCCAUUGGGGCUCCAUUUGGUGGGGAGACCCAGCAGGGAGUUGUGUUUAUAUUCCCUGGUGGCCCAGGAGGACUGAGCACUAAGCCUUCACAGGUUUUGCAGCCCCUGUGGGCAGCUGGCCAUACUCCAGACUUUUUUGGCUCCGCCAUUCGCGGAGGCCGAGAUCUGGAUGGCAAUGGAUACCCUGAUCUAAUCGUUGGGUCCUUUGGUGUGGACAAGGCUCUGGUGUACAGGGGUCGGCCUAUCAUAUCCGCCAGCGCAUCUCUCACCAUCUUCCCCUCCAUGUUCAACCCAGAGGAGCGCAGUUGCAGCCUGGAAGGAAACCCUGUGUCCUGCAUCAACCUUAGCUUCUGCCUCAAUGCCUCUGGAAAACAUGUCCCCAACUCUAUAGGCUUCGAGGUAGAACUCCAGCUGGACUGGCAGAAGCAGAAGGGAGGGAUUCGUCGGGCACUGUUCCUGGCCUCCAAGCAGGCCACCCUUACCCAGACCCUGCUUAUCCAGAACGGGGCUCGGGAGGACUGCAGGGAGAUGAAGAUUUACCUCAGGAAUGAGUCUGAAUUCCGAGACAAACUCUCACCAAUUCACAUUGCCCUCAACUUCUCCUUGGACCCCAAAGCCCCCAUGGAUAGCCAUGGCCUCCGGCCAGUCCUACACUACCAGAGCAAGAGUCGGAUAGAGGACAAGGCCCAGAUCUUGCUGGACUGCGGUGAGGACAACAUCUGUGUGCCUGAUCUGCAUCUGGAUGUGUAUGGGGAGAAGAAACACGUAUACCUGGGUGAUAAGAACUCACUGAACCUGACGUUCCAUGCCCAAAAUUUGGGUGAAGGUGGCGCCUAUGAGGCUGAGCUUCGGGUCACAGCCCCUCUGGAGGCUGAGUACUCAGGACUUGUCAGGCACCCAGGGAACUUCUCCAGCCUGAGCUGUGACUACUUUGCUGUGAACCAGAGCCAACAGCUGGUGUGUGACCUGGGCAACCCCAUGAAGGCAGGCACCAGUCUCUGGGGUGGCCUUCGGUUCACUGUUCCUCAUCUUCGAGACACAAAGAAAACCAUCCAGUUUGACUUCCAGAUCCUCAGCAAGAACCUCAACAACUCACAAAGCAACGUGGUCUCCUUCCCACUCUCUGUGGAGGCUCAAGCCCAGGUCUCCCUUAACGGUGUCUCCAAGCCGGAAGCUGUGCUCUUCCCAGUCAGCGACUGGUAUCCCCAAGACCAGCCUAAGAAGGAGGGAGACUUGGGCCCUGCUGUCCACCAUGUCUAUGAGCUCAUCAACCAGGGCCCCAGCUCCAUCAGCCAGGGGGUGUUGGAGCUCAGCUGUCCCCAGGCUCUGGAAGGCCAGCAGCUCCUCUACGUGACCAAAGUGACAGGACUCAGUAACUGCACCUCCAACUACACCCCCAACUCACAGGGCCUGGAGUUGGAUCCGGAAAGUUUCCCACACCACCUGCAGAAACGAGAAGCUCCAGGCAGGAGUUCUGCCAUCUCUGGGCCACAGGUCCUGAAAUGCCCUGAAGCCAAGUGUUUCAUGUUGCGCUGUGAGUUUGGGCCACUGCACCGCCAAGAGAGCCGGAGUCUGCAGCUGCAUUUCCGAGUCUGGGCCAAGACCUUCCUGCAGCGGGAACACCAGCCAUUUAGCCUGCAGUGCGAGGCUGUAUAUGAAGCCCUGAAGAUGCCCUACCAAAUCCUGCCUCGGCAGCUGCCACAAAAGAAACUUCAGGUGGCCACAGCUGUGCAGUGGACCAAGGCAGAAGGCAGCAACGGUGUCCCAUUGUGGAUCAUCAUCCUAGCCAUCCUUUUUGGCCUGUUACUCCUAGGUCUGCUCAUCUACGUCCUCUACAAGCUUGGCUUCUUCAAACGCUCCCUCCCGUACGGCACAGCCAUGGAAAAAGCUCAGCUCAAGCCUCCAGCCACCUCAGAUGCCUGAGUCCUCCUGAUCCCAGACUCCUGAUCCUGAAGAGCCAGUCCCCUACCUGCCAAUAGGGAGGGACCAGGCACUUCCUGAAGGUGCUGAGGGCUGGGGAGGAGCUAUUCUCCCUAGCCCAGAGACAUACUUGAAGGGCCAGAGCUGGGGGGACAAGAAGCUGGGGCUCCUUCCCCCUCCAUGCACUGUGAAGGACCCUCGUUUACACAUGCCCUCUCUUGGAUGGGGGCCUCAGGUCCAGGGACAGAAGCCCCAGCCUUUCUUCAGCCUUCGCAUUUUGGAGACUUACAAAAGCAACUUGGAGCCGUAAUUAGGGAAUACAGUCAUGGUUCUCUGGGCCAGGCAUGUCACCAGGACUUCCUGUCUGGUUCCAGCCUGCAAAGAUGUAUCUUUGGCCUUCCCAGAGAUCCAAAGGAAGCCUGCAGCUAAGAGCCUGAGUCUUGGGAAGUGAGACCUGGCAGCUCCAAUAGCCCCCAUCCUGGAGGGCCGAUAAAGAACACUAAUGAUGGAUGGUGCUGCAGGACCAGCUCAGGACAAUUCCCAAACAAAGGUCGAUGCUGGCCCAGACCCAUUUCCAGGGCAGUCAGAAUGAAAAUGGAGCCAGACCUAGUCUGGGGCCUGGGGCUGACUGAAGCCCAGUCUCAGAUUCUAAGAACCUACGCUCACAGACCCAGGGUGACAUUUGGGUCAGCUGCAGACUGGGCCUAGGGUUCUUCAUCCCUGACUUAGGACAAGUCAGGAAUUGCCCAGGAUCCUGACCAGGCCACAGUGGCAACAGAUAUGGAACCUCAGCCUGGCCAAACUCAGGCUCACUCAUUCCCCAGAGAAUGGGGAGUCCUAGGCUUGCUGGACCUGGGUUCUGCCCACCAGCUGCACUGAUGCUGCCUCCCCUACCCACCCCUUCCCUCUGCUCCAGAACCCACCCCCAACUUAUUUAAACUCUGUUGCAAGUGCAAUAAACCCCACCCACUGCCCCCACUGA